AUGUCCAUUGAAGAAGUUGAUGCUGCUGUUUCUUUAGAGGAAUUAAGAGAUGUUCUUAUUGAUAAAACUGGUGACACUAAGUUAGCUAACAGAUUUAGAGCGUUGUUCAAUUUGAAAUCCAUUGGUGAAGAGUUCCAAAUCAAUGCCAAAAAAGCAAACAAGGCAAUUGAAUAUAUAUGUCAAUGCUUUAAUGACGAAUCCGAACUAUUAAAACACGAAGUCGCUUAUGUCUUGGGACAAACAAAAAAUCUCCAUGCUACUACUUAUCUUCGUGAUGUCCUUGAAGAUCCAAACCAACAAGUUAUGGUUAGACAUGAAGCUGCUGAGGCUUUAGGUGCUUUGGGUGAUAAAGAUUCAUUGCCUUUAUUGACAAAAUAUUUUAAUGAAGAUCCAUUGAUUGAAAUUAGACAAACUUGUGAAUUGGCUAUCGAAAGAAUAAAUUGGGAAAAAACUUCCAAAAAGAAUGAAGUUUUAGAAAAAUCUGCUUACUCUUCAGUUGAUCCUGCACCUCCUUUACCUUUAGAUCAAGAUUAUAAGAUUGACCAAUUGAAAAAGAUUCUCAACAGUCAAGAAGAAACCUUAUUCAACAGGUAUAGAGCCAUGUUUAGAUUGAGAGAUAUUGGUAGCGAUGAAGCUUGUAAGGCAUUAGCUUCUGCAUUUGCUGACCCUUCUGCAUUGUUGAAACACGAAAUUGCCUAUAUAUUUGGUCAAAUUUGUAACCCAGUUGUUGUACCUGAUUUGGUCAAAGUGCUCAAGAAAAAGGAUGAAGCUCCAAUGGUUAGACACGAAGCUGCUGAAGCUUUGGGGGCAAUUGCUACUGAUGACGUUUUACCUGUAUUGAAGGACAUGUUAAAAGACGAUGUUGACGUUGUCAAAGAAAGUGCAAUUGUUGCUUUAGACAUGUACGAGUAUGAAAAUUCAAAUGAAAUCGAGUAUGUUACUGUUAAAAAUUAG